CUCAAUCCACCUCGUCUCUCUCAUAACAAACAAACAACCACUCACCAUGGCUCCACCUCGCCCCCCGCCGACUGAGCAUCAACUCCAACAGUCCGAGGAGUGGAAACAGAAAGGAAACGCCGCUUUUCGUCUCAAGAACUUCACCGAAGCUUUCUCGAGUUACACUGAGGCGAUUGCUCUGAAUCCGACGUCGCACUUUCUGUAUUCCAACCGUUCGGCGGCUCUGCUUUCUCUCGGCCGGCAUCCAUUGGCCCUCAACGAUGCCAAACGUGCCAUUGAGCUGGAUCCUAAAUGGUCCAAAGGAUACAGAAGAAAGGCGACGGUUCUGGAUGCCAUGAAGAGGUAUAGGGACGCUCUUGUGGUCUACGAGGAGGCCCUUGCGGUGACCAGGUUGGACGACAGCCUCUCGGAUGAUCAGAAGAAGAAGGAGGAGGUCGAAGUCAAGAAGCUGAUGAUAGCGUUGAGCAAGAAGCUUAACGCGAGACCGGAGCACCCUGGAAUUCUCCAUACCCAAAGAGAUCUAGAGAAUUCUCCUGGUAUUCUCAUCGUGAGAGAGGCAGAGCGUCGCGCGCAACAGGGCGUGCCGUUCGGAAGCUGGCCUCCUAUCGGAUCUUGCUUUCGGAGGUUGUGGAUAGCAGAAAUGCAGUUUCACAACGCUCUCAUCCACUUGAAUGAGUACAAUACUGUCGAAGUGAUGGUUCCGCGCUCGGACCAGCCCGAGCCACUCAUCUAUGGACAACUCCAGACACUCGAAGAACUCACCACCGCAAUGACCGAGGAUAUCCGCGUGGCUCGUAUGGAUCACGUGCUUCUCGGUAAGCUUCGCAUGUGUCUCCAGCUCGAGCAGCAGCGACGGAAUGCCAUAGGACCCAACAUGUCACCCAGGGACACGAUCCAAGAAUAUCUGCGUAGGUUGACCGAGCCAGUAUCAUCUAGGCAAGUGUUUGAAACCGGAGCAGGCACCGGCAGCACAAUGGCUGUUGGCUGGGACUAUGUUCGUCCGGCUCUGCAGCUGAGCAUUCGCUCAUCCCUUAUAUGCGGAUUCAUCAAGGAUGUAUUCGCCGAGGGUGAGAUAGGGGACGAAGAGUUCCGUCGCUGUGUGGACCUUAUUGAAGAGGCUCGAGCUCAAUGGCCUGAUGUCAGUGGUGGUGUUCGUGGUAGGACUCUCGAGGAGACCUUUCUUCGUCAGAUUAAAGUGCACCUCGCGGAGUCCCUCGCUAGGAAGUAUAUGCAGAAUCCCAGCGACCCCAACCGAAUCAAAUUUCUCGAUGAAAUCAUCUCGAUAACCAUGUGGAUCAUCCAUUCUUUCGAGAACAACCCUCACCCUCCAGAAGACGAGAAACAUACUACUCCCGCCGGCGAGCCCGGUUGGUGGACGGUAUACUACACCCACUACGUCGCCCCGCUAGCCAAAGCGCACAAUCUCUUCGCUUUCGCCAACCUCCGCUACGGCAUGGACGUCGAGCACGUCGCCCUCAACUCCAAAGAAACCGGCGCACGUGGCCCCAUCGCCUCCAGUCCCAGCCGUCUCGGCGUCGCAGCCAUCCACUACGCCACCGCCGCCGCCUGGAUGCCCCCCGACGAGCCCGAGCGAGCUAAUGCCCUCUGGUACGCCAUCUUCAGCAUGGUCCGUCGCGGCGGCUACUACCUCGCCGACUUCGAGAUCAUUCGCGACAUGGCAACCAAGUCCCCAGGUUUCUUCAUCCCGUUCAUCCCCGCCGAAGCCGUCCCCGAGAACCACGCGGGAAAGCACGCGGCUGCUGAGGUCCUCGGAACGUCUGCCGGCGGAGAACCCGAUAUGAUCUGCUCCCCCAUGGUCCAGUGGCCCGACGACGUCCCCACCGACAUGAACAUCCUCGAGGAGGUUAUGAACCCGUGGACGCGUGAGAUUGUCAACGGCCCGGGUGGCGGACUCCUGGCGCUGACAGAGGUGAUGAGAAACGUGUGGAAGGACCGCGUGGAGAAGUGGGGUGAGAAGAAGGAAUACAUGGGAGCUGACAAGAUUUGGGAUGAUCUUGAGGGCGACCUGAAGACGAACUGGGACCAGGUGUGGAAGGAGCACCAGGCGGAGGGAAACCUCACCUUUGGCCCCAGGGCGAUUGGUGGACUCUAAAUGUUUUUCUUCUUUGUGUAGCGAACGACAAGAUACCAGGGAAACAUACAAUAAGGCGUGAUUGAUAGUUGGCUUCUACAUGUGGUUUCCUUGUCCAUCUUUCUGUAUUUGUUCUUUUUUCGGUUUCAUGUGGAGGUUUCGACGUGGGAGUCAAGUUCGCCGAGCAGGUGAUAUCGCAUGACUCGAGGCCCUGUAGUAGACCGAUUCAAGAUACCUGCGAGAGUGUCCACAGUGUAGGCACUUCGGCCGCCCAACAAACAAAAUCAUG